GCUCGGCCUUGGCCCAAGACCAACACCGGUCCGUUUCAGCCAGCGUCUGUUGGCCCGUUGGGGGACCCACAGAAUCACGAUGGUCUGCUUCUAACACAUUCCACAUGCCCGCCUUGCAAGAUUUGUUUGCGAGGAACCUGCUGGGAGAGGCCCCACUCCCCUAUCGACCCAGAUCAAGCCAGAGUUGCGCCCGGAGACUGGUAGCGCUGGACCGACUGGCUGCCCCCUGGUCACACACUCUUGGGCCCCACUUGCCUUUCCCAGCGGGCCUCCUCCCUGUGCCCCUCCCCCAGCAAGCCCACCACGGCGACGUCAGGGACGAGGGACUCCAUGUGAGGCAACUGCGACUCACGAACCACAGGCCCCUCCAUUCGCUUUCCCUUCGCCUUCGGACACGCUCUGCUGUCAUACAUAAAUACAUUCUCCCUCCCUUUCUCAACCAAGCCUUGCCCUUUUUCUCCCUACCUCAUCUCACUAAUCCCAACAACCAUCACCACCGACUUCCAUUUUGACAGUCAACAACAUUCCCCAACACGACCAACAGUCAUCCACAGCCUUUUCUUCUGGUCUAAUCCUCCCCCCGGGCUACAUUCACCAUCCAUUCACCCCCACUUUCAACGUCUCGCUCUUCUUCCCCCACAGUCAUCAUAAUGGCGGCCUCUGCACCUUCCAAGUCCCUCAAGGCCGUUCACUUCGGCGCUGGCAACAUCGGCCGUGGCUUCGUUGCCUGCUUCCUGCACAAUAGCGGAUAUGAGGUCGUCUUCGCCGAUGUCGUGCCCGAAGUUGUUGACAAGCUCAACAACACCAAGGAGUACAAGGUCAUCGAGGUCGGUACCGAGGGCACAACAGAAAACACCAUCACAAACUACCGCGCCAUCAACUCGAGGACCCACGCGGAGAAUCUCGUCGACGAGAUCGCCACUGCCGACGUUGUCACCUGCUCGGUUGGCCCGACCAUCCUGAAGUUCAUCGCACCUGUUAUCGCCCAGGGCAUUGACAAGCGCGAUGAGAACCUCAAGCCCCUCUCUGUCAUUGCUUGCGAGAACAUGAUCAACGCCACCACCGCCCUGGCCGAUCACAUCAAGGACCCCAAGAACACCCCUGCCGAGCGCCUCGACACCCACCACAAGCGCGCCCGCUAUGCCAACUCUGCUAUCGACAGAAUUGUCCCUGCGCAAGACGCCGAUGCAGGCCUCAACGUCAAGCUGGAGAAGUUCUACGAGUGGGUCGUCGAGCAGCUGCCCUUCGAGGGUGAGCACCCUCCCAUCGAUGGCAUCAACUGGGUCGAACACCUCGAGCCCUUCAUCGAGCGCAAGCUUUACACCGUCAACACUGGCCACGCCACCGCUGCCUACCAUGGAUACAACCGCAAGAAGCGCACCGUCUACGACGCCUUGCAAGACAAGGACAUCCUGGCCGAGGUCAAGAAGGCCCUGGCCAACACCUCAGACCUUAUCGUCACCAAGCACGAAACCUCCGAGGAGGAGCAGGCUGCAUACGUCAAGAAGAUCAUCUCCCGCAUCGGAAAUCCCCACCUUGAGGAUGCCGUCGAGCGUGUCGGCCGUGCUCCCCUCCGCAAGCUUGGUCGCAAGGAGCGGUUCAUCGGGCCCGCGGCUGCGCUCGCGGAGCAGGGCAAGGACUGCAGCGGCCUACUCGAUGCCGCCGAGAUGGCUCUCCGUUUCCAGAACGUCGAGGGUGAUGAGGAGUCUGUGGAGCUCGCCCAGAAGAUGGCCUCCCUUGACGCUGACUCCAUCGUCGCGGAGGUCUGCGGCCUGCAGAAGUCGGAGAAGCUGUACCCCAUGAUGGUGGAGAUCGUCAAGAAGGUCCAGGCCGAUGCCGAGGACUAGACGUCCCGAUGACUGCUGAGACGAUUGUUCACAUUUGUUCAGAUUCCAUGAUGAGACAAGAUUUGGCGUUUCAAUGAGGUUCUAGGGAUUCCUAUCGUACGGUGUUUAGGGAAGCGGACAACGGAAAUGCAUACCCCUUUGAUGGUUGGCUUCACAUUUUUCCCUUUUUAUGCGUGUUUUUAGUAUUUAGCAUCACCUCAGAAGAUGGUGAGGGGGAUUUGCCGCCCCAAAGCGGGACCGAGCAACCAAAAUAAACAAGACUUGAUCGAUG